AUGGCGAAAAAUGUUAAUGAUAGUGUGAAGGAAGAGAGGAUUCAAUGGAAUGGCAGGAUGGAUGCGGUAUUCAUUGAAGCUAUGAGGAAGGAACGUGAUGACGGGAAUAGAGUUGGUGGAACAUUAACUUCUCUGACGUAUAGUAAUAUGGUGAAUUAUUUAAGAGAACAUCUUCAAAGGAAGUUUACGAAAGAGCAUUUAACGAACCGACAAAAAGCUCUUAAACUCCAUUUUUCCCAAUGCUAUGAUCUGUUUCGUGGCUUCAUGUUCAGUGGUUUCGCUUGGAAUUCUGAGACAAGCUUAAUUGAGGCCGAGGAAGAAGUAUGGGAAACACUAAUCAAAGAAAAGCCUGAAGCUGCAAAGUGGAAAAACAAACAAAUAUACCAUUACGAAGAUUUGUCAUAUUUGUUUGCAGAAGAUAGAGCAAAGGUAAUGAAGAGCUCCCACCCGCAUGUUUACUUUGAGGAGGAGAUCUACAUAGGUCUAGAGAGUAUGGAUUUGGCUCCUAAUGAGAUUAGAAAAGCUUAUCUUUAUUUGGUGGAACAUCCAGGAAAAGCCCGAGCACUGUGUUUGGAUGUCCUUACAUGA